AUGGCGGGCACCAAAGUCCUGUGCGUGGCUGAAAAGCCUGCAAUCGCGAAGGCUGUCGCGCAGCACCUAUCUGGAGGUCAUGUGCAAACUAGCGCGGUUACCGGAAACCGAUUUGUGAAAAAUUAUACCUUCGAUUUCAAUUUCGGGGGCCAGUUGGGCAACAGCUCUGUCACCAUGACCAGCGUUCUAGGGCACUUGACGGGCUUGGACUUUGAGCGCCAGUACACUGGCUGGACGUCUUGCCCACCAGCCCAUCUAUUCGAAGCUCCUGUUAGAAUCGAUGUGGCCGAUGAUAAAAAAGCAAUUGCAAACAACAUCAUCAAACAAGCGCGGCAUCAUCAGUACCUGGUCAUUUGGACUGACUGUGAUCGAGAAGGGGAGCAUAUUGGCACAGAAGUGCGCGACCAGGCAAAGGCCGGCAACAACCGGAUUAUCGUCAAACGAGCCAAGUUCAACAAUACCGAGAGAGUCCACGUCUUGAAUGCCGCGAGGUCCCUCAUUGAGCUUGAUGAACGUCAAGCGAAUGCAGUAGCGGCGAGGAUAGAGCUCGACCUGAGGAUAGGUGCUGCAUUUACUCGCCUGCUCACUCUUCAAUUACAGAACCUCCAUGAUACCCUAACACAGAGGGUUAUCAGUUAUGGGUCCUGCCAGUUUCCAACCCUCGGGUUUGUGGUUGAUAGAUUUUUAAGAGUGAAACGAUUCAAGCCAGAGAACUUCUGGGGAAUCAAAGUCACACACUCUCGGGAUGACAUCAAGGUGAAAUUUCUCUGGAAGAGAGUUCAUCUUUUCGACAGAGCCGCUGUGACUAUGAUGCUGGAGCGCUGUUUAAUGGCCAAAAAGGCCAAGGUUACCAAGGUCAACCAGAAACCGACAAGCAAGUGGAGGCCCCUACCAUUGACCACAGUGGACUUGCAAAUGAUGGGAACAAAAUAUCUUCGCAUGGAAAGUUCAAAAGUCAUGAAGAUUGCAGAAAACCUCUAUACUAGAGGUUUCAUUAGCUAUCCACGAACAGAAACUGAUCAGUUUGAUAAAGGAAUCGACCUGAAGAAACUCGUUGAGAAACAACUACCAGACCAGAACUGGGGACAGUACGCUCAAGGGCUCCUCGACGGUAAUUUCAGGACUCCUCGAGCUGGACGGCACAAUGACCAAGCACAUCCGCCUAUACACCCUGUCUGCUGGGUUAACCGCACCGCACUAACCGCGGAUGAACAUAAGGUAUACGAGUUUGUCGCCCGACGGUUUCUCGCCUGUUGUUCAGAUGACGCCAAGGGCCAAUCAACUGAUGUCGAGAUCCAAUACGGAGACGAAAUGUUUCACGCUAGGGGAUUACUCGUAUUGGAGAGGAAUUAUCUAAACGUUUAUGUUUACGACAAGUGGGAAAGCACCCAGCAGCUGCCCAAUUACCGGGUCGGCGAGCUGUUCGAGCCCACCGAAGCCAACAUGUUUGAUGGAAAGACUUCGCCCCCAAAUUACUUGACAGAGCCAGAGCUCAUCGGACUAAUGGAUGCUAACGGAAUUGGCACUGACGCCACUAUGGCCGAACAUAUCAAGAAGAUCAAGGACCGUGAAUAUAUUGGCGUGCAACCACAAGGAACCGGUCGAAACGCAAUAAGCUUACUCAUUCCAACUCGGCUGGGUAUUGCCUUGAUACUUGGCUAUGAUGAUGUUUUUGCCGGCAUCCCAGACAGCCCGUCCCUAAGCAAGCCCUUUCUGCGGAAGCAGAUGGAACUGGAAAUGAGGGAUGUUUGCUCUGGCACCAGAUUACGGACACAUGUCGUUCAGCAAAAUCUAGACAUGUACCGGGAGUUAUUUAUACACACUCAAAUGCGGAUGAACAUGCUAAAGGCUGCGUUUCGAAAGUAUAUUGUUGAGGAGGAGGAUGUGUGA